AAAGAGAGAGAGAGAGAGAGAGAGACGGCCUGAUAACUGGGACUCACAGCAGCAUCCUUAUAACAGGCAGGGACCGCUCCGGAGCAGACGGGGACAAAUCCGCAUCUCUUCCAAACAGAGACGCUCAGAACCAGGGAGAUAGAGAGAGGUUGGUGACGCAGGAACUGAAGGAACAACAUUGUAAGGACAAGAGGUCAUCUCUGAAACUAGACACAGUGGAAAAAUGACCCUAGCUGCUUACAGAGAUAAGGUGAAAGAGCUCCCCCUGGUGUCUCUGUUCUGUUCCUGCCUGAACCCUCAGACUGUUGAUGGAGUGCCCACCUACAAAGCAGAAGAUGCGGUGGAUCUGGGCUGGUGUGUCAUCAAAGAUGUGGAGGUCAUUGAGUUGAACAAGCGUUCCUCAGGUCAGGCCUUUGAGGUCAUCCUGAAGCCCCCGUCGUUUGACAGCAUCCCAGAGCUCAAUGCUGCGAUGCCCCAACGCAGAGACCUCUCCAUGGAGGAGAUCCAGAAGAAACUGGAGGCUGCAGAGGAAAGGAGGAAGUGUCAGGAGGCUGAGUUGCUGAAGCACCUGGCGGAGAAGAGAGAGCACGAGAGGGAGGUGAUCCAGAAGGCCUUGGAGGAGAACAACAACUUUAUUAAGAACGCCAAGGAGAAGCUGGAGCAGAAGAUGGAGGCCAACAAGGAGAACCGAGAAGCUCUGCUGGCGGCCAUGUUGGAGCGACUGCAGGAGAAGGAUAAGCAUGCAGAAGAAGUGAGGAAAAAGGUUCUUGCUUUGGCCGAUGCGGUGGAUCUGGGCUGGUGUGUCAUCAAAGAUGUGGAGGUCAUUGAGUUGAACAAGCGUUCCUCAGGUCAGGCCUUUGAGGUCAUCCUGAAGCCCCCGUCGUUUGACAGCAUCCCAGAGCUCAAUGCUGCGAUGCCCCUACGCAGAGACCUCUCCAUGGAGGAGAUCCAGAACAAACUGGAGGCUGCAGAGGAGAGGAGGAAGUGUCAGGAGGCUGAGUUGCUGAAGCACCUGGCGGAGAAGAGAGAGCACGAGAGGGAGGUGAUCCAGAAGGCCUUGGAGGAGAACAACAACUUUAUUAAGAACGCCAAGGAGAAGCUGGAGCAGAAGAUGGAGGCCAACAAGGAGAACCGAGAAGCUCUGCUGGCGGCCAUGUUGGAGCGACUGCAGGAGAAGGAGAAACAUGCAGAGGAGGUGAGGAAGAACAAAGAGAGGAAGGAGGAAGCCUGCCGGUAGACGAGUCAAAGACAAACGGAGAGAAAGUGAAAGAAGGACUGGUUUUGUGAGUCAAUAAAAAAAUUAAUAAUGAGAUCAAGACAAAUGAGAAAAAUAAAAAGGAAAAUAUAACCCCCAUCAGGACUUUGAAGGGUAUCAUUUUGUUUCAGUACAAUUUGGACACUUGAGGGGAAUCCAAUAAUUAUCAACAAAAAACGUGAUUGGAUAAAAGAGAGGCGUGUUUUGUCUGGGUGGCAAAUAAACUCUUCAUCAGAGUGUAUAGGUUGAUAUUGAUGUUGUGAUGAUGAUGGUGGUGUGUCGACAGAGGGUGCAUGUUGAAGCAGAGGUUUGUGACGAAGCUCAGUACGAGUGGUGGCAGGUUGUCUUUAGGUUUUCUUUUCAAAAAUACAAUCAGCGUAGCAUACGUAUGUCCAUUCUUCUUUCUCACUCAUUCACACACACAGACACACACAGACACACACAGACACACACAGACACACACAGACACACACAGACACACACAGACACACACAAACUGGCUGAGUUCAUACAGGCAGAUCAGUUCUGAUCUUUUUCCCAAUCAGUGCUGAUCUGUUUGAUUUGGGGGACAGAGGAAAAAGGGUCCCAGUGGAAACCAAGCAUUGGUAUUUAACACACAGGCGCUCAUACAUAAAACCUAUUUCUACUGUGAAACCUUCUCCCGAUAGCUCUAACAGGAUGCUGCAACCAGCUUCAUGCACGUUUAGUCAAGCACUGCACUAUUUUGAAUUUACCAGGGAAAGCCAGAUGAUACACGAUUUGUGAAUGUCAGAUUAAGGGUUGGGUUGUGUCAUUUGAUGAAGCUCAAGGUGUAUUUGAUGCAUUUUUAACUUUCCUAGGAACUUUAUCAGCUAGCUAUUAGCUACUAGAAGAUAGAACUUGUGCUUCUAGCUAGACUUUGAGCACAAAAUGCACUCUAGCUCAUUUAGAUAUGUUCACUUUUUUUAAACUCAAAAGCACACAGAUGCAAUAUGGUAGAAAUGUUUAAAGGGCAGUACACAGUUAGGAUAUUUGGGAAGACCUGGUAAAGCAAAAACCUGGUUAUUAUUUCUUGAUCGACCAAUGCACAGGAUGCUAGACUGCUUCACCUGUCAGACCAUCUAAUGCUGCAUUUUGCUUUAGCAUGAGGGCACUGUGCUUGGUUAACUGUAAUUGGUUAAUGUUUUUACAAUGUGGGAAAAGAGAAAACCUGAAAGUGUGGUGAAAGAGGGAGAGAUGAAGAGAGAGAUAAGAGAGCAAGAGAGGAGAUAGACAAAGUGAAAGAAAAGAGAGAAAGUGAGGAGAAACUGAAAGAGAGCAAGGAGAGAGGAAGAUGAGGAGAGAGAGCUGGGGAUUGAUGUUUUCCCUCUGUACAUGUCCUAAAUGACACCCACUUCCCUUCAUAGUACACCUCUUACGCCCAGCGACUCAUGAGCUUGGGUUAAAAACAGUGUUCUACAUGGGGACUAGGGCACAAUUGGGACAUGUCCACUUCAAUGGGGGGUUGUUGUGAAAGGUUCAAUGUUUCAACUGUUAUUGGGAAUGUGGGGUUUUAACAAGCUCUCUGUGUGUGUGUUUAUGUGUGUUAUACAGACCAAGUUGACUGUCUCUCCUUGGCAUGGACAGUAAAGGUGUCUCUUGACUGAACUAAA